AUGACUCCUGGACUCUACCAGCCACUGCCUCCAACAACUUUUGUUGUAGAUAAGGCUCUUUCCCAUUGUGUACGGCUUGUACCUGUGGAGAUUCCUGACAAAAUGUGUGGUUGUUCAUCAGAGUCAUUGAGGCUCAGCCCAGGGAAGACUGUUGCUGUGAUCACAAUGAAUGGACGAUAUGAUCUAAGCAUGCCUGUGCUGAGUUGGGCUGCUGGAGUGGUCGACCUAAAUCGAAGUGACUACUGGCCUGCGACCCUUCACUUUGCCACAAUUUAUGCCACAGAUGUCUUUUUCUCAUUUGAAGAAAUGAAGAUGGCAGCACCAGGACUAUCUGAAGAACAGGCCAUCUUUGAAGACGUCUUUAUAGCUAAGGAUGAAGAUGUGACAAGAUUUGUGGACUACAUUCACAAGACAUCCAAACAUGUAAAAUCGCAGACGAUUAGACUAUAUACAGGACUACACUUACCUCCUACUGAAGAGUCAGUGGAAGAGGUGUUUGUGGAGGGGAGCGGUCAGCAGCCAGAGAGACCUCCCAAAGACCUGCCAGCAAGGACGCAUAGACAUGCUGACUCUCAUGGCCAUGCGCUGGAAUCAGCAAAAGUUCAACAAUUUGGCCACCGCACUGACCCGUCGUUAUCAGAAGACCACAAAAGCUCUGCAAAGCCAGUUGCAAAACCUAGAGUCUAUGAAAGUCGAACUGGCAGUGACAGAGAGCCACUGGAAGACUGGAUCAGUGAUGUAAAGGAGUGGGCAGACGCAGCAACAACAACAACCACAAAUGAUGUUGAUGCCUUGGCCAGCAGAAUUGAGGUGCUGGUGGCGAGUAUCAAGAGACGUUCCUAUAAGGAUACAGAUGGCAACAAAGGUCGUGCCAGGAUCCGCCGCAAGAUCAGGGAGGAGAAGGGGAUCCUGACAUCAGUUGUAGAGAAAUACAACAGAAUGGUUCCAAACACUGAAACCAUUUUGUCUGGUGAGACAGCUUGGCCAUGGCAGCUAACACACAGUGAUUCUGUCGAUCUAAGAACAAAGAGAAAGGCAUUCAACAUCAUCAUGUCAUUAAGGAGACUUCAGGAGGAGCAGAAGAUUCUUGUUGCAGAGAUGGACAACCAUUGGAAAUAUCUUUCAACUCGUGCUGGUACCCUCAGAGAACUGUCCUGCUUGUUUGCCAGUGAGACACUGAAAAAUUCGCAAUGUGGCCUAAGUGAAGAGGGUUUGAAAGGUCUGCAGAGCAUCAUCCACAGAAAGCAACGUAAAAUCAGAGAAAUGAGGGUGCAAGCAAGAGACUGUUACCUGCAAGUUUUGUCUGGAGCUGAGAACAACCUCUUAAACAAACUGUCAGCUGAUGACUAUGACAGUGACUUCGAAAUUUCUGAUGACGAACUGUAAUCCACAAGACUGUGACACCUUUUUUUUUUUUUCUUGACAGUGACCUUGACCUUAACCCUGAAUCUAAAGCAUGUAAUAAAAUCUGCUGUUAAUCACAUUAUAAAUAUAACCAAAGUGUAGUGUCUGUCUUUUUUCACUUACAUAGAAAUGAAUGCAUGCAUGCCUCUACAACCAGUCAGUGCUGGAAAUCCAGUGCUUUAUUGUAAGGCUAAGUACUGUACUGUACUAAAGUAUAGAUUUGAGGUACUUGUCCUCUACGUAGAUGAUUUGUUUCUUCUCAUGCCACUGUGUAGUUGUGCUAGGCUACAGUUCAAAGAAGAAGAAAAAAAACUUUUUACUGAACUUGCAGCUCAUGAAGAGAUUGUAAAAUAUGGCAUUUUGGUAUAAAUAAAACUACUCAGUAGUUUAUAUUUACAGUAUAAGUACAGCCAAAAUAAUUAGCCAAUUUGUUGAUUUAUAAGUUGAUCAUUUUGUUCAAGGUUUUUUUCAAAUUUGUUUUCACAUUAUACAGUACCCCUCCCCCUCCGUAAAGAGAAAAUAAA